AUGGCUCUCGCGGCCGAUCUAAGUACGCUUGCCGAUGCCUUGAUCACUUCCGUUGCUAAGAUACCACCGGACCAGAAGGGAUCUGCGCGUGCUCAAAGUCUGAAGCGUCGCGUACAAGGGGUACUCCGAACUGGCUCUCAUACGCGCACCGACCAGUUCGCAGUCGCCAAGCAACUCGAGGGACUACAGGAAAAGUUUCAAAUCUUGAAUAGAGAUGAACUUGCCGAGGCCCUUCGUAUACGCGUUGCGGAACUGGAGAGCAAUCGGAACUCCUGGCUCCCAGAGACCCUGAGUCUCUUACUGCAACUCUCAGAUCGCCCGGCUCUUUUUUCUACUGUCAAAAGUCCAGCGGAAGGGACCAAGGCACCAGAACCAAAAGAGAAAUUUUCUUGGUCGGAUCUAUUCGCGGAUGGGACGGCCUUCAGCGACGAAGAAAUAUGGGAACAGGUAGACUUUGCCGGGGACUCGUCAGAUGAUGACUUUUCAUCCGUCGCCAGUGAGGUAUCUAUCCCAAAGCAUAGGCCCCAAUCUGCCACAACGGUGGACGAUGGUUACACUAUCCCAGAGGAAUUUUUUGUCCCAAUAGACAAUGGGAAUCAAGUUGUCUCUCUAGAAAAGGCUCAAUUUUGGAGAGCGGAGAAUUACCCUUCGUUGCCUGAAGGAGGUGCCUCAUCCACCUCGCGACUGAUCACAGAAACUCAACUCGCCAGAGAGACUAUCUUCAUGCUUCAGGGCCUUCCAACGUCCAUUUAUGUUCAUUUAGGCGAUGAUUUUGGAGUGGAUCGAAGAUACAUGCUGGCACAUUCAUCUAGGGAAUCCCUGGCCUCUCUUUUGCAGUGUUUCAGCGAGAUAGGCACCAAACUCAACAAUGUGCGGUCUUUCACCAAGCUCCCACAAACGACUCCGUACAUGCAAACUUUCUGUCGGGGCCUAGAAGAACGUCUUCUUGCAUUUGAUAAACUCUUAUCUCAAGUCCAGUGCAAAUACCUUUCCGCCGGGUCAACUAUCAGUCUCAUCCAGCUUCUUGUUGACGUUCGUCAACACUCUCAUGAACUAGCAUUGCUCGCAGAAAUGAUCGCUAAGCUAGGCAAAAACUCGACCGAUCAGCCAUUGUGCUGCCUUGAUUUGUUAUACAAUUUAGUAUGCAUGUUGGAAGCCCUUGGCGACGAAAUUUCGUCUCAGUACCUGCCGGAGCUAUUCUUUAUGUGCUUCAGAACGUAUACAAGCUCAAUUCGACUCUGGAUGGAAACAGGUCAGGUCGAUGCUUCUGACAGCACUUUCUUUGUGCGAGCUAACCCUGAGAACGGGGAUCUACGAACUCUUUGGCAUGACUGGUUUGUGUUGGAUACAGGUCACGCGCAUCAGCGAAUCCCUCAGUUUCUCGAAGCUGGUGUCCAGAAAGUUUUCACGGCGGGGAAAAGCAUGGUAUUUCUGCGCCAUCUGAAUGCGCCACCAAACAUUGAGGCCAUGAAAUUUGAGGAAUUCUCUUCCCAGGACUCAUCAGUAUUACUACCCUUCCCCGCGUUAGUAGAGUCUGCUUUUGAAAAGCUUGUGGAUGUGGAUCAUUCACUCAGCGCUAGCCUAUUGCGAACGGAACUCGACCAACAAUGCGGAUUAUGGAAAUCCCUUGAUGCUCUCCACCAUGUCUAUCUCGCCAAAGACAUGAGCGCUGUCAGCAUGAUUGACGCCAAAAUCUUUGAGCUGAUCGAUCGGGGUCGGUCUUGGGAUGACAGGUUCCUGCUCACUGAGAUAUCAAGGACGGCCUUCAAUUCAAUAUCUGUCAUUGACACAUCUAGACUGCUCGUGCGAUCAGCUAGUACUCCAUCGCAGGUUUCUCAAAACAAUCAUCGAACCGUGGGGAUUCUGGAAGCAAUCUCAAUUGAUUAUUGCCUGCCGUGGCCUAUUGCGAACAUAAUCACCGAGGAAGCAAUACACACUUACCAACGGAUCUCGACCUUUCUGAUGCAAAUCAGGCGCGCUAAAUAUGCUAUUGUGAGACAGCGUAUUCGCAACGCCCGCAUCACCACACCUGACGACAAUGCCACCUUGGUACACACUCUACACCAUAAUAUGCUCUGGGUCCUUGAUUUUAUCUACGGCCAUUUGACUUAUCUUGUGAUCUCCACAUCAAUCCAAUCUCUACACAAGGAUUUAUCUGGCGCACAAGAUGUCGACGCUAUGAUAGCUGCCCACCAAUCCUAUAUGUCCUCUUUGGAAGCCCAGUGCCUCCUCUCUGAAGGUUCAUCACGCGUUCAUGAUGCAAUAAUCAAUCUCCUAGAUUUGUGUGUUCAUUACGCAGAUCUACAAGCCGCACACUUGCUCGGCGACGAGGACCAACACCUGGGGAAUUCGGAGUUACCACACACAAAGAGAGACUCUAAAGACGAGUUCGACUCUGAUGAUGAUGAGGACUACGAUGAUCUGAACCACGAAAACACACUCACAGUCUCAUUCCGUGACUCGACCUACAAGCAGCAAAUGAAAACGGUCAAUAAUCACUUCAGCCAUCUGACCACCGUCGUCACAGAUGGACUGAGAACUUUAGCUCAGGCAGAUGGCCUUGAAAGUUGGAAUAUCCUUGCCGACAGGCUGGAAUGGAGACGAAAUUGGCGUAGGCUGUGA